AGUCUGUUGUCAUGGAUGGAGACACAGAGUAUGAUAAAGUUGAAGAUGUGGUGGGCAGCCAUGUUGAAGAUGCUGUAACAUUUUGGGCACAGAAUGUCAGUAGAUGUAAUGACCUCUUGAAAUUAAGUUGUGCGCUGGCCGAAGCUUGUCCUCGAGCUAAUGCAGUUUUUGGCAAACCUGAUUUUAGUAAGAUUUAUGGUGGCUGUUUUUCUGAAGAUAGAUGUUGGUACAGAUGUAUGGUACAGCAAGUGAUCAACAAUGAAAAGUGUCAGGUAUUGUACAUUGACUAUGGAAAUUCUGAGGUUUUAAAUAGAUCGGACAUAGUUGAAAUUCCACCAAACUUGCAAUGUCCAAAUGUUGCCAAGAAGUACAGCCUCUGGGGACUGCAGAUACCAACUGAUCAGAAUUUAAACAUGUUUGACCAGGGGAAGAAGUUCUUGAGCAGCCUAGUUUUUGAAAAAGAAAUAAAAAUACGUCACAAAGCCAGGCACAAAGAUGGUACUGUUAUUGUCCAGGCAGAAUAUGAAAAAAUAGAUAUUGGAGAAGAGGUGACCAAGGCAGGGUUCGCUGAAAAAUGCAUGUCUUCAGGAAGCAGUAAAGAUGCGGAAGAGAGAAAAGUAGAUGUCAUGCAAAACCAAAAUCAGAAGAUAAAAGUUCCACUGUGGGUGAACAGGUCUGAUCACGUGCUGUAUAGCAUCCCAAGAGGGCGCUUUGACCAAAUAGCUGCCAGCUCAAGGAAUCAGAAUUUUACUGGAAACCCUAUGUUUGCCCCAAAGGAAAAGAUGCUAGCUUCUACCUCAGUGCCGGACACCAGCUUGGCACAAAUAAGACCAGAUCAGAAGCUGUCUGAACAGAAAGAAGUUCUCAGAAGGGAGAAUAUAAAUCUCUUGCAGAGGCAAAAGGAACUAGAACUGAAGGUUCAACAGCUGAAACGUGAACUUCAGGUAUGUGGCAAUAGACAGAAGGAAGCAUCUAGGAAAACUGCCGAAAGUUUUGAGGAAACCCUACGUACUUGCAUUGGAACGAAAAUGAGAAGUUUGGCUGCUAAGGUGAAGGCAUUGAAAGAAGUUAGGCACACAAAUAAGAACAGUUGUUUUGGGGAGCAGCUCUCACAAGCCAUAAAUGUGGUUACAGAAGGAUGUCUCGCUGUUCCGUGUUCCUUGGGCAAAUUGCAGAAGAUUUGGACAGAGUAUGACUUGGCUCAAGAGAGGAUUCAGUUGUGCAGAAAUGUG